AUGACAGCGAGAGGCAUCUUCCUGCUGGGGCUCCUUGCCCUGUGGGCAGAGCUGCAGGCAGCACCCACUGCAGGCAAGUACGGGCUGGAUUUCUGCUACCUGCCCUCUGUCUGCGGGAGCUGCAAGGCGCUUUUCCGCCGAUUCUUCUUCAACGCCUCCAGCCAGCAGUGUGAGGAGUUCAUCUACGGUGGCUGUGGUGGCAACAGGAACAACUUUGAGACCAAGGGCGAGUGCUUCCAGGCCUGCUCCCACGUCGGUGCCCGAUAG